AUGCAGGCAGUGAUCUUCAAAGGACCCUCAAAAGUGGCAGUGGAACAGAGACCUCGCCCGUCUAUCCAGGAUCCUACAGAUGUGAUUCUCAAAGUCAGAUACACAGCACUCUGUGGAAGUGAACUUCACGUGUAUCGAGGUCAUCAGCCGUCUGGAGCAGGGUUCAUUAUGGGACAUGAGUUCACAGGAGCAGUCGCCGAGGUUGGCUCAGAAAUCACGAAAUUCAAGCAAGGAGACCUAGUGGUCUCUCCUUUCACGGUUAGUUGCGGUGCAUGCUUUUACUGCUCUCGCGGAUACUCGUCAAGAUGUUCCAAAUGCCAACUUUACGGCUCUGCGGUGUUGGACGGUGGCCAGGCCGAAUAUGUCCGAGUUCCCUUGGCAGACUCGACCCUGUUCCACUCGCCCUCGCAGAUCGAUGAGAGCAAACUCGUUCUCAUGGCAGACAUCUUCCCAACGGGUUAUUUUGCAGCGUCCAACGCGUUCCGCGCCUUGGAUCCCGAAGAAAUCCGAGAAAGCACAGUUCUGCUUUUCGGCUGUGGGCCCGUAGGGCUCUGUGCAUUGGUGAGUGCACUCGAGUAUCAACCAAAGCAUUUGAUCGCGAUUGACAGUGUGCCAUCCCGACUGGCACUGGCGGAAGGAAUGGGGGCAGAGGCGUGGAAUUUCGCAGAGAAUGAACAGGGGCUUCGCGAAAGGGUAAGGAAGAUCACGGAAGAUCGAGGCGCCGACGUUGUCAUCGAAGUUGUCGGACACAGCAGCGCCCUGAGAAUGGGAUUUGACAUGCUGCGACCGUGGGGACAUCUCUCCAGUGUUGGGGUGCAUAACCAAGAGAUUCCAUGGACCGGCAACGAAGCAUACGCAAAGAAUCUUCGCCUACAGAUGGGGCGAUGUCCCGUUCGUAGCAUCUUCGCUCCGGCAAUGGAGUUAUUGGCUCGAAAGCAAGAUAUGCUCGGGUAA